UUCUUAAAACUGCAGCUCAGUACAGUAUAUCAAAUCCUUCCGCCAGAGCGCCAAGUCGUCGCUGAGCUGGCAGCUGCGGCUGCCUCACGGGUCCAAAUCGACUCAUCUUCUCCGGCAGCGGCGGCGGCCAUCCAUUCCUCUCUCCCCUUCCGCUGCCCCUUCCCCACCGCACCUCACCUGAAAGGGUUCGAUUCCCAAUCCAGUCCAGAAUCUCGGCUCUUGCAGGCAGCACGGCGGGGCGAUGGCGCAGGACGACCCAGUUGUUUCCGCUCAGUGGCUGCAGCGGCACCUAGGGCAGCCUGACAUCAAGGUACUGGACGCCUCCUGGCACAUGCCACAAGAGAGCAGGGACCCAUGGCAAGAGUACAAGGUGGCCCAUAUUCCCGGCGCGCUGUUCUUCGACAUCGAUGGCAUUGCUGAUCGGAUGACUGACUUGCCACACAUGCUGCCAUCAGCAGAGGCUUUUGCCGCAGCAGUUUCCGCACUCGGUAUCAGAAACCAUGAUAAAGUCAUUGUUUAUGAUAGCAAGGGCUUCUACAGCGCGCCUCGUGUUUGGUGGAUGUUCAGAAUUCUUGGCCACAAUGAAGUUUGGGUCUUAGAUGGAGGUUUACCUCAGUGGCAAGCUUCUGGAUACAAUCUUGGAAGUAACUGCCCUGAAGAUGCAAUUCUGAAGUCUAAAGCUGCCAAUACUGCUGUUGAAACUACUUACAAUGGUGAAUUGGAAAGUGCUGCCACAUUUCAGACGGAAUUUCAACCUCAGCUACUCUGGACACUAGAAAAGGUCAAACACAAUGUAGCUGCGCAGACUCACCAAGUAGUUGAUGCCCGAUCAAGGGGCAGAUUUGAUGGCAUAGAACCAGAACCAAGGAAAGGAGUAAGAAGUGGGCAUAUACCUGGAACUAAAAAUGUUCCAUUCCCUGAGAUGUUUGAUGGUGCACCAAAGCUUCUCCCUGCAGAUGAACUAUCUAAAAAGUUUGAGCAAGCAGGAAUUUCACUUGAUCACCCGAUUGUCGUCACAUGUGCAUCUGGCGUAACUGCCUGCAUAGUUGCUCUGGGGCUCUAUAGAGUUGGGAAGCAUGAUAUUCCAGUUUACGAUGGAUCUUGGACAGAAUGGGAAGCACAGCCAGAUAUUGAUUACCCAAAAGUUACUUCCACUGGCUCUUGAAUCAAGAAUUCUGAAGCAGGUUCAGUUUAGAUUGUCGGCAUGAUGUCUCUGGCAAGCUUUGCACUUGAAUCAAGGCGAAGGUUAUAGGGGAAAGAAAUACCCACUGUACUAUGGCCAUGCAAAUGGGGCACUUUUGCCACACAAAAACGUUAGACCAUAUCUUCAGCAUCAAACUCAUGUCUGAAGCUGUACUUAAAGUUACUAAUGAAAAAUUCUUGGCUCGAAACAAGAUUGAUCGUUUUUUA